AUGCGACGGGGAAGUGGAUUUGUGCACCUCAACACACCGGCGGCAAUCUCCUACUCUCCAGGGCAACAAGUCUCUCUAUCGGAUCUCCGACAAAAGCGCCGCCGUGAGGAAUGUGUCGUAUUACCCCCUAUUAUGACCGUGUGGCGGAGCGCCUUUAGUCAAUACACGAAGAUGUGGGGUUUAACUAAGUUUGCAGGCGAUAUCGAAGCUGAACGGGAAGGUGAGGGACCAAUUUUACCACCCAUAAGGGAGGAAACAGUGGUCAAGUCAACCACUCACAGUUUCAAAGGGAAAAGUACGACCGUAGCCGCUGCCGUUGCUACCCCACCAGGGGAAAAAGGUAUCGAAAUCGUGUCACACCACAAGCUUUGUGGUAAGCAGAGGUUUGUUUAUCCUGAUCAUGAUGGUGUGCUAUCAUCGGGAAUAGUACCGAAGGUUGUGAUAUCAAAAGAGGAAGAGGAGGAGAUGGAAGCGAACAAAAAAUACUAUAUUUCCCCACAGGAAAUGACUGAAGAGGAGCGGAAUGCUUUCGAGGAAUUGGAUGCAAUGUGGAAGAGCUACGCCCGUGGCCGUAGCGAACAAGGGGCAAGACACAGGGCAUUUGCUGGCACCGUUACACCCGGGGAUGCCAUGACAGAAGUUGAAGAAGAAACGGGGAACAACCGUGGAAAUGCACGACGAAGGCUAGAGUCUCAUACACCAAGGCAGCACCCACAGGAAUCUGCUGCGGAGGGUAAUUCGGUAGCACAUAAUACUGAAGAGGCGCUAGAUGAUGCACUGCGGUUAAUUGAUGAACUGUUAGAGUUCAACUAA